UGUGACGUCCAGAUCAAGUUCGAGACCCCACCAUCACACCGGCUGCCAUCGCCAUUCUCUCAUCACCUUUUUCCUCGUGUAUCCUUCCGAGGGGAGAGUGACGCCAAGAGGAGACGAGAAAGAGAAACAAGAGGACUCAAGAGGCCAAGAGGAAGGAAGAGUCACACCGCCGCUAUGCCCCGAAGAGGUGCCGCCGCCCCCAGAGCCCCGCCCAGGCGUGCGGCUCCCCCUCCCCCACCACCCCGCGCCGCCCCAGCCCCACCUCCCCCGGCUGCUGCCCCCCACGCUGCCCCGCCCCCAGGAGCUGCCGCGGCCGCCCCCAAGGCACCUGGACUCUUCGCUCAGAUGGCGGCUACAGCAGGUGGUGUGGCGGUGGGCUCUGCUGUGGGUCACGUUGUCGGCCAUGCCCUGACCAGUGGUGGCAGCAGCUCGGACCAGCCCCAGCAGGCCGCCCCCGCCCCCGCCCAGGCCCCCCAGCAGGGCUACCCACAAUACCAGGGCUACCAGCCGCAGUACCAGCAGGGCGGUCCGUCCGAGCCCCAGGGUCCGUGCGCCUGGGAGAUCAAGCAGUUCCUCCAGUGUGCCCAGACCCAGAGCGACGUGUCUGUGUGCGAGGGGUUCAACGAGGCGCUGCGGCAGUGUCGGGCCCAGCACACCCAGGCGGCCAUGUAGAGAGUGACGGAGACGGGUCCAGAUCCGCGAGGGGCCGCCGUAGUGCCGCGGCCCCGGACACAGGCGGCGGGGGCACAGGAGCUGUCAUCGUCUGUGCCGUUGUGAAUGUUAAGUUAACCGCGCUUAGUCUACCCACCUGUACAGCUGUUGAGUUGCAUUAAAGUAUUUUACAUA